CGCGGACAGCACGGCAGCCACCCGGCCCUUGCUGGGUGCGGGGCGCAGGGCUGGAGGCAUCGCACGACCCGGAAACAGAGAGCUCUGGGUGCCGUGCCUUCUCCAGGCCAUAGAGAGCAGCACACAGCCACGUGACUUCCUGACCCUUCAAAUCCUUGUCGUUGUCCCCGUCCCUGAUGCGGACCCCUCAUUCCCAGGGAAUGCCAGGUGUUAAAACACUGUGCGUGGAGCCUGCGUUGGGCCCCUGGGAAUGUCCCACCCAAGGUACCUGGGGGGGGGCCUCCAGGACCACCAUCCCUCUGUAGGCCCCCUUCCCCAACACCUCUACACAUGCCUGUGCGGAGGCAUGACCCCUGGGCACCCACAAGGGCCAGUCGGUUCCCUUCUGAGCACCAGGAAAGCGCCCCCUCAUGAAACGGCGAGCCAGCCCCAUCUCCCACCCCAUGCUCCGGCCACAUCACCUGCUGGGAUGGCUCUCCCUCACGUGUAGGGUCACUCUCUUGCCUGCAUCACCUGUCCUGUCCCCAUCUCGUUCUCUUCUUGGUCUUCCUCCUAUGAGAAGUCUUCCCUGACCACUGGCCUGAGGGCCUCCUGGAGCAACCCUGGGUUCCCCAGCUUCACAACACUCUGUGGUCCUGACCAAAACAAGAGCUCUGAGGUCCUGGCUGGGCCGCCUUUGUGCCCCAUUGUAGGUUCUCGGUGAAAGCUGGCUGGUGGGGCUGGUGGGCAAGUAUUACAUGUUACAGAUGCCCGAGGAGACUGAGGCCCCCCCCAAACCCUUGGCCCUGGAGAGUCAAAGCAGACGUCUGCCCAGCUCCCUGCUCCCUCCGGUGGGUUCCAGAAGACCCUCCUCACUCUCCCCUUCUGCUUUCAGAGACUCAUGGCCAUCCAGCAGGUGCUGAAGGCUCAGAAGAUCAGCUUCCUUCUGCGGGGCGGGGUCCGGGUCCUGGUGGCCAUGCGGGACACGGACACAGGUUCGCAGAGGCUGGGAGGCGCCGGUGGCUACUGGGCAGUGGCGGUCCUCUUGGUCAUCGGACUCUUCGCGGUGGGCACGUUCAUCCUGUACAAGUUCAAAAGGCAAGGCCGCCUGGCGGGCUGGGCGCAACGUCGGGCCUCGGGCAGCGGCUGCAGGGGGCGGGCGCUCGUGCGGCCCCGCUCUGGCUUCUGAAUGGCCCAGCCCCGGCGGGCGGGGGGGGACACAGCUGCUUACCACCCCCCGAGCGUCUUCCAACCCCAGCUUCCCCUCUGCCAGCAUCCCAGCCUCCUCUCCCUCAGCUCCACCCUGCCUUGGAGGGAUGCCCCUCCGAAAGUGGGAUUUGUCACGGCCAGGAGGUGGCAUCUGACACCAGGACUUCUGGUGCUGAGGCCAAGGCCCCUCCCGACCCCGAGACAGUGUCAGGUUCAAGCCGGUGUGGAUGGAGCCGCGGGACUGUAACGGCAGGUGCCCGCUCUGCUGC